AUGGCCAGCAGACUCCGUUUGUCCUCCCUGCCUCCCUCCCUGUGUCUGUCCCUCCUGCUUCCUGCACUGUUGCUCCUCCGCCUGCCUGGCGAGGUGAAAGGGGACUGCUGGCUGAUAGAGGGGGAUAAAGGCUACGUUUGGCUGGCUAUCUGCAGUCAGAACCAGCCUCCAUACGAGACCAUCCCCCAGCACAUCAACAGCACGGUUCAUGACCUGAGGCUGAAUGAGAACAAACUGAAGGCUGUGCUCUUUAUCUCCAUGUAUCGCUUCACAAACCUCACUGACCUCAAUCUAACCAAGAAUGAGAUCAGCUACAUCGAGGACGGGGCCUUUGCUGGACAGGCUAACCUACAGGUUCUCCAGCUGGGCUACAACAAGCUGACCAACCUGACUGAGGGCAUGUUAAGAGGCCUGGGUCGAAUGCAGUGCCUCUUCUUGCAACACAAUCUCAUUGAGGUCAUUGCCACCAACGCCUUCUGGGAGUGCCCCAGCCUCAGCAGCCUGGACUUAUCUUCCAAUAAAUUGGCACGUCUCGACCCGUCUACCUUCACGGUCCUCAACAGGCUGAUGGUAUGUGAACUAGCAGGAAAUCCGUUCCACUGUGGCUGUGAACUCUACAGCUUUCUCUCCUGGCUGGAAGCAUUUAACAAUGUCACCCACACCUAUGACCGCCUCCAGUGCGAAACCCCUGCGGAAAUGAACGGUUAUCCACUCCUGAGCCCGCUGCCCGGACACGGACGAAAUGCCCUCUACAAACUUGUAUCCAAGUGUCACGAAGGUGCGAUAGGGAUGACCUCCCAGAUACCAGAUCAAGAUCAAGGCUCAGGGAUGGGUUUUGACAACCCAGACCAAGGUCUUUACCACCAGCCAACCAUAUCGUCCACUGCUGACCCCACCUAUAACCAUCAGAUUUCUAUGAAGCUUCAAACUGUCUCCCUCUACACCGCUUCGCUAAUGGUGCAAAUCCCACGACCAUACAGUAAGAUGUACAUACUUUCCCAGUACAAUCUCACUUUUGUUGCAGACAUUAUGCCCCUGAAAAACAAGAAGGAGAUCAUCCCUUUGGACAAGCUGAAACCACACACCAACUACACCUUUUGUGUGGCAUCUAUGAGCAAAUCUCAACGCUACAACCACACCUGUCUGUCCUUUACCACACGAGCCAUGGGGCCAGAGGACCAGCGAACGAAUCAAUCCACAACUACCCACUACAUCAUGACUAUCCUGGGAUGUCUGUUUGGCAUGGUCAUUGUGCUUGGAUUCGUCUAUUACUGUCUCAGACGGCGACGUAUCCAGGAGGAGAAGGAGAAAGCUAUAAGCGUGAAGAAAACUAUUUUGGAGAUGAGGUAUGGCCCAGAGGCAGCUGCGGCAGUGACCAAUGACCCAGGUGCCAUGCAGCGUCUCCAGGAGCAGGCACACCACCCGCACCAUCAUUCAGGAGGGUCAGGAGGCAAGCUGCCCCAGUCUGCCUCAUCUAGCACAGGCAUGCUCCACGGCUCAGCCAACACCAGUUCUUCCCGUCUCUCCACCUUGCCGCAGGUAGAAAAAAUGGCCACUGCCUUCUCUGAGGCAAUGGGCAGCAAGGGCAACUAUAUGGAUGUGAGGACGGCGGGAGUGACAGGGGAAGGCAGGGAGGGAGGGGUGGCAGCUGGAGGAGUAGGCGUAGGAGGGGAAGUAGUUGUGGAUAUGCGAGGUGGGGCUGAGAAUGGGACGGAGGCUGGGGAGGAUUCGGAUGACGAUGGCCGUGGCUCAGCAUCAGAGAUCUCCACCAUCGCCAAGGAGGUGGACAAGGUGAACCAGAUCAUCAACAACUGCAUUGAUGCCCUGAAGCUGGAUGCCUCUGCUAAUGUUGUGACCACAGCUGACAAUGCCAACUCUGUGUCCUCCUCCCAGCCUCCAGCUUGCAUCACGUCCCUUCCCCGCAACCUCCUGCCCCUCUCUCCAGGCCACCCCGGAGAUCAGAUCAUGGCCUCCUCUCCAAAGCCGCCUCAUCCACCCUCUAUGGCCCCAGUGCCCCUGGUCAUGCCCCUGUCUGAGCGGCCGGGUAUCAGCGGUGGGGGGUUCCUCUCCCCUCCUUACCGUGACCCACCCCCAGCCAAUGCAGUGCGGCCCCUUCAGAGGCAGUUGAGCGCUGACACUGCUGUGGUGAAGAACCGUUGUGGGGCCCCUCCUGUGGGAUCUGUCAAGAGCACCAGGCUGUUCAGUGUGGAUAUCCCUGAGCAGCGUAGUGAUCCUCCCAAGUACCCAACAGAAAAGAGCAGCCCUGUGGGUUGUGCUGGAGGGGGUGGAAGUGGAGGAGGUGGUGGAAUAGGGGGCUGCAAUGGGAAUGGAAUGGGAAACAUAAAUGGUGGCGGGCAACAGCACCACUUGGAGGUUCAGCCAGACUACCAUAGCUCUGAGCACCGCCACUCCUUUCCUGCACUCUACUAUGAGGGCGGCAACGAAUCCCCCUCACCAGCCCAAAAGGCCUCAUUCCUCAAGCCACUGGGGCGCACUAAGAGGGAUGCCACAGCCGCCUACUCCCAGCUCUCACCUUCUCGUCACCACAACUACAACUCUGGCUACUCCUCCAGUCCAGAGUAUUCAUCUGAGAGCACACUGCGGAUCUGGGAGCGAUUCCGGCCUUACAAGAAAAGCCCCAGAGAGGAAGCAUCCUAUAUAGCGGCAGGACAUGCCCUGCGUAAGAAGGUGCAGUUUGCCAAGGACGAGGACCUUCACGACAUUUUGGACUACUGGAAGGGAGUUUCUGCCCAGCAGAAGCUGUGA